AAAAAGAAUUCGAAAAAAAUAAAAACGCGCUCAUUUCAGUUCGAGCGCUCAGGCUUUCAAGUCGGUUGAAACAAGUUUUCCUCAAUACUUUAUUUACUUCUCAAUCUCAGUAGUUUAUUUUAGUAAAUCAUUAGUUUGAUAGAUAACUCAUCAUCAUCAAAAUGGCAUUCGCGUUAGAGAGAUUUUUGUUCUGCUUAGAACUCCAACUUGGUGGAAUUAUCAUGGCAUGGUGGGGCAUGAUCAUUUCAGCCCUUGGAAUUGUUGGUGUCAUUAGUGGAUUGCUUUUCGGAAAAGGUCACAGUACGCACUUUCCAGGAAACAUUUCCACUGGCGGUGCCGUUACUGGAGGAAUAAUUUCGAUCAUUCUCUUGCUUUUAUAUUUCUACUUUUCUUAUCAACUGUUGUUGGGCGCACAAAGUGGUAAUUCUUCUCAAAUGAUCGGUUAUCUCGUCAUGCAUGGAAUCUUCGUUGUCCUCUUCAUUCUUGGAGUAUUCCAAAACGCUGCAUCUUUAGUUGCUGCCAUUAUCUACGCUUAUCUCUGGUUCUGCGUUUAUUCGCUCUACGUUCGUAGUGGAGGCAGUGCAGUUGCAUAAAUCGGUGAAUCUCUUUCAAUAACCACAUAAAAAGUAAAAAUAAUGUUUGUGGAGAGCUUUUCAGGUCUUUUUGCUGAAGAAUUUUUAUUCCAGUCUAAAUAAAAUUUAAAGCAUAAUUUUGAGGCUUUAAUCAAACCUUGUUUCUACCACAACAUUUCAAGAGUGUUCUCUACUAAAUUCUUUUUAAAGUGCCUGAAUAUUAACAUUUUUGUUUUCUCAACAAAUUUUCAACAAGGAAAAUUAUUUUUAUGCUUAUAAUCUUUUUCUACAAAUUAUUGAAUCUCUUUUUGUAUUUGCAAGAGAAUCAAAUUAAAUUUUAUGAUAAUUUUCCUACGAACACGAUAUAAAUAUUUUAUGUUGACAUUUUUUUAAUUGAAAUCAAAUAAAAAGUUUGUUUAAAGCUGUAA